AUGGUGGAUCCUAGUGGAGUUGAAGCCAUGGUGGAUCCUAGUGGAGUUCAAGCCAUGCUGAAUCCUACUGGAGUUCAAGCCAUGGUGAAUCCAAGUGGAGACCAAGCUAAGGUUGAUCCGCGGCGAUCGUUUCUCCGUCGAUUCAGGAGCUCAAACAACACUGAGGCGAGUUCGUCUGUAAAAAUGGAUAAGAAUUGGAUGGAAGCUUCAAGGUCUUCAGAUGAGUAUGCAGCUGGAGUCUCCUUAUUCUUAAAAUUUGCUCUAAGAAAUGAAGAGAAAGACAGUAAGAUACUGUGUCCAUGUAAAAACUGUGGGAACAGGUUCUGGUAUGAUGUAGAAACUGUAAAUGAUCAUCUAAUCUGUACUGGUUUUAUGCCUGGAUAUAAAACCUGGUUGUUUCAUGGGGAACAAGCUGUUAACAAUGAUCUUGACACACAAUCUAGCUCUCCAGAAGAUGAUAGUAAUGCUAGAGAUGAGAUUGACCAGCUACUGUUAGAUGGGUUUGACAUGUUCAAUAGAAGUUCAUUGCAUUCAGAAAAAGAAGAAGGGAGUGAAGAUGAUAGUGAAGAUGAUAGUGAAGAUGAAGAUGUUGAAUCAUACAGGAGGGGAAUGACAAAUGCUGCAUUUGAAGAUAUGCUUGACACUUGUUCAGGGAAGCACUACCUGAAGGACAUUCUCUGCCUAAGAAAUUUCAUGAAGCAAAGCAGUACAUCAGAGGAAGGCAUCCAUGCCAAGGCCAAUGUCUGCCCAGUUUGCAAAACAAGCAGGUGGAAGACUGUAAGAAGUGUAGUAGGUGGGAAGAGAAUCAGUAGGGUGGCAAUGAAAGUUAUCAGGCAUUUCCCAUUGAACAAAAGAGUCAGGAGGUUGUUUAUAUCUAACAAAACAGCAUCUCUGAUGAGUUGGCACAAUGAUGGGAGAACCAAAGAUGAAGUAAUGAGGCAUCCAGCUGAUUCACCUGCUUGGAAGAACUUUGACAGCAGGUACAGGUCGUUCAGCAAAGAACCAAGGAACAUCAGAUUUGGAUUAGCUACAGAUGGAUUCAACCCUUUCAGGAAUAUGAACUUGUCUUACAGCAUCUGGCCUAUAAUUCUGAUCCCAUACAACUUCCCUCCUUGGAUUUGCAUGAAGGAGACCAACUUUAUCUUGUCUGUCAUUGUACCAGGAAGGAGAUCACCAGGGAAAGACAUUGAUGUAUACCUGCAACUAGUAAUUGAUGAGCUACAGGAGUUGUGGCACCAUGGAGUUCGGUAUAUGAUUCUCAUUUUGGUAAAAAGUUUAGAGUCUAUGCUUGCAUUGCUCUGGACCAUCAGUGAUUGGCUGGGCCGUGGAAUAUUGAGUGGUGAAAGCAUUGUUGCCUGUUCUCAUUGCCUCUUAGGAACUUGUUCUAGAAGGUUGAAGCAUGGACACAAAGCAUGUUUUCUAGGUCACAGAAGGUUCUUGUCAAUGAAUCAUCCAUUCAGAAGUGAUGAGGAAUCUUUUGAUGGGACAACUGAUUUCAGGGAACCUCCAGUGCAGCCUACAGGUGAAGAAAUUUCUGCUAUGACAAUGGAUAUCCAAACUGCAUAUGGAAAACUGCAGAAGCAAAAGAGGAUUGGAAGGAAGAAAAGGAAUAGAGGUGAAGUGGAUGAGGAUUUGGAGAAUAUGGAGGAAAAUGUGUUUGACAAUGUAGUCAACACUUUGCUUGAUGUGGAUAAAAGGUCAAAAGAUAAUGCAAAAGCUAGGAUGGAUAUGAAGAGAAUGAAGAUUAGAGAACAUUUGCAUAUUGAUGAAACACAAGAAAAACCUGACUUGCCAGAGGCAGUGUACUACAUGGAGUCAUCAAAGAAGAAGGCUGUUACGUGGAUCUGGUGA